AUGUCGUCCCAAUAUGUGGUUUUCCAGGGACCUGAGAAUUUUAGACAUAGGAUUAUCUUUGCAACUUUAUCAGGUAAGCCAAUUAAAAUAGAGAAGAUACGUUCCCAGGAUUUGAAUCCCGGUUUGAGGGACCAUGAAGUGUCAUUUUUAAGACUUAUGGAAGCUGUGACCAAUGGUAGUGUUAUAGAAAUAUCAUAUACUGGUACUACUGUCAUCUAUAGACCUGGUAUUAUCAUUGGUGGCCCUUAUACACAUACAUGCCCUCCAUCUAAGCCAGUAGGAUAUUUUGUGGAGCCCAUGCUAUAUUUGGCGCCAUUUUCAAAGAAGAAGUUUUCCAUAGUAUUCAAAGGUAUCACCGCCUCACAUAACGAUGCUGGUAUAGAGGCUAUAAAAUGGGGUUUAAUGCCUGUCAUGGAAAAGUUUGGUGUGAGAGAAUGUGCGUUACAUACACUGAAACGUGGGUCUCCACCACAAGGUGGUGGUGAGGUUCACUUAGUUGUAGAUUCUCUAAUUGCCCAGCCGAUAACAAUGCAUGAGUUAGACAGACCAGUGAUAUCAUCUAUAAGAGGUGUUGCAUAUUCUACGCGUGUGAGUCCGUCGAUGGUAAAUAGAAUGAUAGAUGGUGCUAAACAAGUCUUGAAAAAUGUUAAAUGUGAAGUUAACAUCACCGCAGAUGUCUGGAGAGGAGAAAACUCUGGUAAAAGUCCAGGUUGGGGUAUUACAAUUGUAGCUGAGACAAAAAAGAAGGGCUGGUGUUACUUUGCUGAAGAAAUAGGUGGCUCUGGUGAUAUACCAGAAGAGAUAGGUUCUAAGGUAGCCUACAAACUUAUAGAAGAGAUAUCAAAGAGUGCCGCAGUUGACAGAAAUCAACUACCACUUGCUAUAACGUAUAUGGUCAUUGGAAAAGAAGAUAUUGGCAGACUUAGAAUAACAAGAGAACAGGUGGACGAAAGAUUUAUCCAAAUGCUUCGAGAUAUUAAAAAAAUAUUUGGUACCGAAGUAUUUUUGAAACCAGUAGAUGACAUCGGAAGCGACGAUUUUAUUGCUACAGUUAAAGGUAUCGGUUUCACCAACACAAAUAAGAAAAUUGCAUGA